AAGGUGGCUGAUGCUGCUGCUCAUUCCAGCCAGGUCUGGAGAUCAGAGAUAGGCUGGCAGCCGCCAGCCCCUCCUACAUUGGAGGCCUCCAGCUGUAUUUGGAUGCGGUGGCACACGAGGCUGUGUGCCACGGGCUGCUCUGGAGGAUGUGGCCGGUGGAUUAGCGAUGCUCCCGCUCCGAGGCAGUGCCCAAUCGCAGUGUGGUGCCGCAGGCAGGCGCUGCCCUGCGCUCCCACCGGGGCUGCCACUCGCGGCUGGCUCAGGAGCACCGAGUGCUGCUGAUGUUCGAGCCUGAAAGCUGGGUGGGCUUACAAUGACUAUGUCAGAACACGCAGGAGACUCAGCACACAGGUCAUCUACAUCAGACCUCAACGUGGCACUGCGUGAAUGUAUGGCAGCUCUGGAUUUAUUUCUUAACAACAAGUUCUCAGAUGCUUUGGCUUCUCUACAAGCAAAAACUAAAGACAGCAUGUAUCAUGCCCUGACUUAUGCCACCAUCCUGGAGAUGCAAGCUAUGAUGACAUUUGAUCCUCAGGACAUACUGAAUGCAGGGAACACAAUGAAGGAAGCUCAAGCCACCUGUCAAAGAUUUAGGAAGAAGUCUACUGUAGCUGAUUCUAUCAACAACCUUGUGCAUAGGCAAAGCCUUGAACAUUUCACUGAAGAGGAAAUCCAUGCAGAAAUUUGUUAUGCUGAAUGUUUACUUCAAAGAGCAGCACUCACAUUCCUCCAGGAUGAGAAUAUGGUCAGCUUCAUAAAAGGAGGCAUCAAAGUCCGAAACAGUUACCAAACCUACAGGGAGUUGGACAGUCUCAUACAGUCCCCACAUUAUGUCAAAGGAGAGAACCAUCUUCAUUUUGAGGGAGGUGUAAAACUUGGAGUUGGAGCAUUUAACCUGACAUUGUCCAUGUUUCCUGCACGGAUUCUGAGAUUAUUGGAGUUUGUUGGAUUUUCUGGGAAUAAGGAACAUGGUCUGCUGCAGCUUCAAGAAGGAGCAUCAUCAUACAGCUUUAGGUCGGUGCUGUGUACCAUGCUGUUGCUUUGCUAUCAUACUUUCAUGACCUUUGUGUUAGGGACAGGAAAAGGAAAUGUUGAGGAGGCAGAAAAGCUACUUAAGCCUUACUUGGCACGCUAUCCAAAGGGAGCCAUAUUCCUGUUUUUUGCAGGCAGGAUAGAAACACUAAAGGGUAAUAUUGAUGCGGCAGUCAGUAGGUAUGAGGAAUGCUGUGAAGCUCAGCAGUACUGGAAGCAGUUUCACCACAUGUGCUACUGGGAGCUGAUGUGGUGCUUCACCUACAAGCGCCAGUGGAAGAUGGCUUUUUUCUACGCAGACCUGCUGAGCAAGGAAAACACUUGGUCAAAGGCUACUUACAUUUACAUGAAAGCUGCUUAUCUCAGUAUGUUUGGACCAGAUGACUGCAGUCCUUUUGGAGACAGCGAAGUUGAAUUAUUUAGGAUUGUUCCCAGUCUGAAACUGAAAAUUGCAGGGAAAUCUCUGCCCACGGAAAAGUUUGCAAUUCGGAAAGCACGACGGUAUCUUUCCUCAAACCCUGUUCCUUUGCCUGUCCCACCUUUGGAAAUGAUGUAUAUCUGGAAUGGCUAUGCUGUAAUUGGAAAAUGUCCCAACUUAACAGAAGGCAUGUUAGAGACUUUAAAUGAAGCAGAAGAAGCACUGGCAAGAAGUUCAGCUACAGAACUACUGGCAGAUGACCGGUGCGUGAUAAAACUGUUAAAGGGAUUAUGCUUCAAGCAUUUGGGCAAGAUCUCAGAAGCAGAAGACCAUUUUAAUUACAUCUAUUUAAAUGAGAAGAAGAUAAAAUAUGACCAUUAUCUAAUUCCAAAUGCUUUGCUGGAGCUGGCAAUACUGUAUCUGGACCAGGAUAGAAGAGAAGAAGCAAUAAAACUUCUGGAAAAAGCAAAACAAAACUACAAGAAUUACUCCAUGGAAACAAGGACACAUUUCAGAAUUCAGGCUGCCCUGCACCAAGCCAAAUCCGCCCCAGAAAAUGGAAUGCACUGUGGAGCCUCAGCAGUGUCGUAACGUUUUCUUCUUUGAUGUUCUGUUUGUUGCAAACUUUGUGCAGAAAAUUACUGACACUUUAGAAUUAUUUUUCCUUCUCUUUCAAGUCAGUGAAAAACCAAAUAACUUAAAAUUUCAAAGGUGAUGCAUAAAACAUUUGUCUAGUGUAAUAACAUGGCAAAAAAAAAAUCUCAAACCAACCAUAACCCUGAAAAAUAUUGUUUUUCCAACAGUGGCUUUUUGAAUACUUACAUCUGUGUAAUUCAUUUUUCAAUCAUGUGCCUUUUUCUUGCGUUCCCAACGUUAUGUUGUAGCUUGCUUGUAGUGAAAGGGGAGCAUUUGGAAAAAAAAAAACAAACAGCAAAACUUUCAGAUUUCCAGAUUUAACUUCAGUUAGUUCUAAAUGUUUGUUUGGAUCCAUAGUGCCAGCAGCUGAGAAGGAAGCAUUGCUUUUUCCCAGUGCCUGCCUAGUUGGAAUGGUGUGAGAAAAUCUCACAGCAGGGAGGAGCUCUGGAUCCUGGGCAUUUCUGGUUGUGCACAGAAAGCUUCUCUUUACCAGCUUCUACCAGUCACAUUUUUGCUUCUGUAAGAAACCUGCUGGUGAAAAGAAUGGUCUCCCUUAUGCAAGUACCUUGACUUUUUCUUUAGUUUGGUUUUCCUGUCAAGUCUGCUGCUUGCAGCAGCUGAAUUAAUUUACUGAGGAUUGCAGGGGAAAGGUGGUGAUGGCAUAAAACUGCAUCACUUCUUUGACAAUGGGAGGUUCUUAGGAAAUGUCUUUUGUCAGAAUGAACAUGAUCUGGAGCUUAUGUCAAAUUGAAAGCACAAGUUCUUGAAGGUCAUUUAGGAAAUGGCAACACUGCAGUGGCUGGAGCCAUACAGGAGUUACUGUGACAGUUCAGCACUUCCUACAGUGACUGCCCUUAGGAUUCCCAAGCUGAGAUGUCCCUGUUGGACAAGGCAGAUGUUCUCUGUGGGAGGAAGCUGAGGCUGGAGCAGGCUCCCUCAGCACAAAGGACAGCCCUUUAUCUUUCUGUUCUUUAUUGAUCUUUUGGGAGAUUUUCUGUGUAAGGGGCUUUGAAAAUGGAGCAAUGAGCUGGGUCUGCUUUAAACGCUGCCGUGGAAUUCCUGCUUUGCUGAAAAACUGGGGAAGUCAGUGGUACCACAGCUUUACCUUGUGUUUGCUGUUCUCCAGGCUAGCUCCAUGUCUGUAUGCCUCUGGGGUUUUGGGGCACACUUCUACCUCCCUUUUGAAAGAGCUUCUUCCCCAUUACCCAUUCUGAUGGGUGGAGAUGGGAGGUCUUCUGACAGCCCUUUUUCUCCAAUGGAGACGUUUGUCAGGAAGAUUCAUAUCUAUGUACCUCACAGUGAAUAUCCUUUCUAAAGUGAUUGUUCCCAGCAGAAGAGAAAAUUGACAGUUUAUAGCUCUGCUUUUGCCUCCUCAAAGGAAAUAAAAUUGUUUUAUAACUGUAGAUUAAUAUGCAAGGAGACAGAACCACCAGUUCCUCAACAAGGAGAACUUGCAUUGUCUUAAAAAUAGAUACCCUUUAUAAAAGUCUUUGCAAGUUAAAAAUCAUAGAUGAAGAAUGCCUUUUUUAAAGUGACUUUCUCAGAUAAAUUCAGUUCCAAUAAAUUUCUCAAUUCAGAUAAAAUUCAAUAUAAACAGUUAUGCUAUUUACAUGCUGCACAUCGAAACUUCAGUGUAAAAAUUCAGUCAUUCUUUGUAUAGAAUAAAAAAAGUUUCUUGUUCUACUUCAUGCAUAUAACGCCUCUUCUUCCUGUUGUGUCCUUUUCAAAUAUUUUGGCAGCCUUAGCAUCUUUCAAGAAAGCAAUGCCAUGUGAAAAUUAGCAUAAAUUGUGCUGUGCAGAAAGUGAACAAUCCUUCUGAGUGUAGAUUCAUUUCUCAUCUUUGAAAUUUCACCCACAACUCGGUUUUGCCUGAUCUUAGAUACAUCACACAAAGGAUGUACUGUGUGAUACUCAGCCAGUUUCCCUGAUGCUUUGCAGCAAUGAAAAUCCCAAGAUUUUCCUAAGGUUUUCAUAACCUUCCUAAGAUUUUCAUAGUCAUCUUUACUCAAACACCAGCAUCAGUCACACUGUGGACCUGAUCUCCAGCUUCAGUGAGUGCUUUGUAGUUCACUGGGAUGUUUCACUCUGGCUCCUUGGCUCCCAAGCCAUAACAAAUGAUCACCUUCCUUAUGCAGUGAGGAUUUAUGGACUGUAAUAGUAUGGAUUCACUUGAGGAGAAGAUGAGUGGAAGGUCUGGUACAUUGUCACUGUGUAAGUGCUUUGAUGUAUUAGAUUUGCAAUUGCCCAACGUCACUCUGCUCAUCAGUUCCUUCAUUUUGGUGCUUCUCCCAGUGGGGUCUGGGCUGGAAGGUCAGUGCUGGGCUGGAUUUUCCAUUGCUCUUCCAGAAGCUGCUGUGUGGUGCCUGGAGCAGCUCUGCAGGACAGUAAAUUGCUUCACCAGUCUGGAGUCCCAGAUGCAGUGGAUCAGGGGAAGUACAAAUGUGUUGGUUCUCAUCUCAGGGUACUCACUUAGCAGAAAAUAGCAGAUAUUGUCAUUGAAUUGCACAUCAGAGACUGAAGCAUGGCCCAAGAUUCAGGAAAUGAAAGUAUGACUGCAGACAGAUAUAGUGCACACCUCAACUGCAGAAGAAGCAAUUCCUUCUGCAUUCAAAUGCUGAACUGUCUGAGCAAUGCUUGAGAAACCCACUCUGUGCACCAGCUUUAGCCAACAAGUGCUGCAAUCAGCUCUUCCCCAUCCUCAGCAAAGCCAGAGAUGUUACCUAAAGAGAAAAAUUACUAACUAUGACAGCAGACAAGUUUUCUCCAUUUGGUAGGACCUCUAUUAUAAAACCUACAAACUUAAUUUCUUUUUCUAUGUAUUUUUUUAAACCAGUGUUUUCCUGCCAGUAACCAAGGAGGGGUAGAAAUUCCUACUCAGUGUCCUGGAUGUCUGCAGCAGCAGCCAUGGUGCCCCAUGGGAUAAUGCUGUCACCUCAAAGUGGUGCUGGCAGGAAGGGCAGGGCAGUAAAAGGGGCAUCCCUUUUAUCAUUAACUUUGUUCUGUGCAAUCCCUGUGUACAGGGUCCCUCUUGAACAGAGGGAGGAGAGGGGCUGAAGAGCCAGCAGCUCCUGCUGAGGUCUGAUCAGGUGCAGCUGCAUCAGCUCCCAGCUCCUGUAAGUAACACAAGAUGAGAUACAAACUGUUGGGUGAAGGAUGUUGGGCUGGAGCUGAACCUGGACACAGCUUUUCUGGAUGAUUUGAAGAGAAUUUGAUGAAGUCACAGACAUGAUACAGAACUACUGUGACCUGAAAACACAAACUUGAUUGCUCAACUCCACCUGUGUGGUAGGAGCCUGCUUUGCUUACUGACACUCAGUUCAGUUGCCAUCCACAGUUCACACGUGCCACCAGGGAUGGAUGUUUAAGGACUGUCCCCUUCUGACUGCCUGGCCUCAGGCUGUUUACACCUCAAAACUUGGCUUGGGAAACAGCAUUUUAUGAAAUACAGCAGCGUAGAACAGGAUCGUAUCAAACAUUUCCUCCCAUUUCACACUGGUUUUGGCAUUACAUUCUGUAUUGAGUGCUUUAGUAUUUUUAGUUAUCUGUGGCCUGGGUCCAAGACUAAAAGCUCACUAAAAGCUCGUGGGCUGACAGCUUGUGUGCCUCUGGCCCAACACAGGCAUCAAGUAAUGCUUCUCCAUGUGAGACAAAGCUUUCCUACAGGUCAGUCCUAGAAUGCAAAAAACACUCCCAGGAGUUUAAAUGCAACACUCAGCCUCCAGUUCCACCUGCAAGAUGCAUUUCUUUGCCUUCUCAAGCAUAAAAACACAGCAGCAAAGCAAACGUAUGUGAAAUGACCAAAACAAGGCAUUCAACACCAUUCCCCCUCUGGGAGGAAGAGGAGAAGAUAAAGAGGUGAGUCAUGUUGUUUACUGCUCUACAGGAAAAUGGGUAAUGGUUGGCAACAUCACUGAUGAAUGAGAUUGGGCAACCUGAACAGCCUAGAAAUGAACUUGCUUCUUUUCUCAUUAUGUUCUGCAAAUACAUUUUGGUGGCAGAUUAUGUGCAAAGCAUGUACCAGCAAGUAUUUUAAUUGAAUGAUUUGUCAUCAUAGAAUAUUUUUUAAGAUGCUAUCUAGAUUUGCUUCAGGUGUUUUAAAAAAAGAAUCCAAGUACUUUCUUUUAAGGACAUGCCCAGUCAAUCCCUGUCUCCAAGAUUUAUGAAUAGCAACAGAGCUAAUAAAUACCUGCAUUGCACUGUGGUAAAGUUCUGCAUAGUGUUUGCUAAAAUUCAGUCAUGACUCUGUAGGACUGGGCUGUGCUCCAUUAUCUUCUGGUUUUUUUAAACCUCAGGACCUACUUAUUUUCAUUGCUGGCUAAGCAUAGGCAAAAUGUUUAUUUAGAAUUUUGCAUUGCAGGGAAAUUUACUUGCUUUCUUUCUCCUUGGCUGUUUUACAGAAAGAAUACAAAACAGAGCAGUCAUAACCCCCUACAUGCUCUUUUUAUGGGCUGAUUCAAUUUUUAAAAAGGCAAAGAAAAGUUUAUCUUGUGCUAGUAAAGUACAGUUGCAGGCCUGUGGCCUAAAGUAAUGUAGUGAUGUGGUGGAAAGAGAGGAGGCAGAAACUGCAAUACUCUGGGACAGUUCUCCUCUUCCCAUUCCUUUUAUCCUGCAGUACACGGGGUGUGAAGGUACGAACAACAUCCUUGGUGCUGGAGCUGUGUGGGAUGUUUGUCUGCAGGGCUGGAGCUCUGGGGCUGUGCUUGGUGUCACAGGGACAGUCCCAGGAGGAGCUGGUGCUUUGUGAAUGCUCUGGGGAAGGUGCUGGUGCGAGAUGCCUGCAGCUGCCUCUGCUGUGCAGGUGCAGAACAGGAACUGUAUCUCAGUGCAGUUCAGUAAAUCAUUCUGGGGAGUGAAACAAGGCUGUAAAUUCCAGAGCAUCCUAUAAUUAUGUGGCUCAGUUCAAUGUCAUCUUCAUGUGGGUGCAGUGCCCAGCACUGCUCUCAGCACCACUAAGGUUGUGCAGCUGCAGAGGUUUUUAGACAUAAAUAUCAGGACCAGUUAUAGUUUUGAUAUUUUAGUCAUAGAUACACCACCAGGUUGGGAGAGAUCUCAAGGAUCAUCUGGUCCAACCUUUCUUGCCAAAAACAGGGGCUAGGCAAGGUGGCCCUGCACCCUGUCCAGCUGAAUCUUAGAAGUGGCCAGUGUUGGGAGCUCUAACAUUGCCUGGGGAGAUUAUUCCAAUGACUGAUGCAAUUGUGAAAAAUUUGUUUUGCCUUUCAUUCUUAUGGCUUGUGGAUACCUGAGUUUCCAUUCUGUGCUGCUGGCUGGGCUCAUCACCGAUACAAAUAAAUGUUGGUAUUUGUAAGGAACAGCAGGAAUUCCUUAGCUACAGCUCUGCUGUUGUCUGAUCUGUCACACACACACAUACAUAAAGAAAAGCAUAUAUAAAUAUACAUAAAACAUCUGGGUGUAUACUCACACACAGUGGUAACAGGUUCUGGAGCCAAAGCUUUCUGAAAAGUUAUAAGAACUGCUUGAAUUAUUUAUUAAAUUCAGGACUUGAAAAAGGCAAUAUACUUUAAAAAGAAAAGAAAGCUUUGAUGAUGGUUGAGGAAAAUGCAGAGGUUAAAGGCCUUUGCUAGUGGUUUGCAGUAGGCUCACACUGCAGGACUGUGCAGUUUGUAAUCUUCUAGAAGAAAUCCCAAGGCAAACAGGCAAUCUAGCAAGAGCCCUUCAGUGGCAUAACCUCACAAAAAUGCAGUUUUGUGCUCUAGAUUUGAAGGGCAUCAGUUUUCACUCUGGACUAGCAGAGCUGUGCCUCAGUGGGACAGUGCCUGGGAUGGCUCUGUCCUGCUCAGAAAACAGUUUUGGAGUGAUUCAUCUUUUCCCCCCUUGAAUUCUUGCCUUGUCUGCCUCCCUCAAUCUGCUUUCCCAGCAUGAAUCCUGGAUUGCACAGGCAGCUCCUGCUAAUGUGGCAGCAGUGUGAGCAAAAGAUGCUGAAAAGGUGAAGUUUCUCUGUCAUGGAGCAGUGAGAGCCCUGGCAAAAGUGCAGCGAGGGAGCAAAGGGAGGCUGGGAAAUUGCUCGGUGUGUGGUGAAUCCAACAUUUACUGCUGUGUGCAGAGCUCUUGAAAUGCCUUCUUGGAAAGAAAGACAAAUGUUUUGUAGGGAGUGGUGCUGCAAAGAGCAGGUUUAUGAAGUUUCUGGUGCUUGUUUUCCAGCCAGGACAGAGGAGGGCUGGGGGCUCUCUGUGCAGGCUCCGUGUGGCUGGGCCCCUCUUGCUGAGUAAGCAAAUACCUCGGUGCUGUGGGAACACAGAAAGGGCUUUGCACAAAGGAUUUCUUCAUUAUAAACUCCUCUCUGCAGCUUUUACUUAGCAAAGUGUCAGAGCAGAGUGGAUGUUGUAAUGAAUCAGUUGCUAGCAUGAAAAUACAGGUAUUUCUUUUGCUUAAAAAAGAUGCUUUAGCAGAGUACAUUUAGACUGUUCUCUUUAUCACAAAGCAUUAACUUUUCAUUUCAUACCAAGAAUUCCACAGCCCUGAACCCUUAUCCCAGAACAGGUUUAAAUGCAAGAUAAUCUGCAAAGGAUGGUUAGCAUAAAUUAUAUUCUUCAAAGUUAAAUGCUAUAUAAAAGGAAAAGUUAAUCCUUGAAGCUAAUUUUUAUUCUGGGUAUUAAGUCAAGAAGGGCUCUUCUGAACAGAUUUUAUUCAUGUGUUUUAUAGGUUAUCAACUAGAAUGUGUGCUUUCAACAAAAAUGUGGUAUUUCUAACAAACUGUUUGUAAUCAGCCAGCAUCCACUUUUUUCCUAAAUCCUUUUAAUCCAGGAUUUAACUGCUGAGAGACUCUGUACAUUUAGUUUCAGCCAUCUUGUUAUUUAUUUCACCGGCAGCCUGACUCAAAAGAAUUUUCAUCUUUACCAGGAUUGCACAAGGACAGGAAAUGUUGAAGUCCUGAAACUGUGGCAACUGAAGUAAAUUCAGGUAUUUCAUAAUCCCUCAGCCCAGAAAUGUACCCUGGAAAGGGAGACUGUCAGCCUUCCAAAGACAGAAUUACUUUCAGCCCUGGGAAGCUGCAAGACCAUAGGAGCUUUUAAACCCUUAUGUGGCUCAUGCUCCUUAGAAAGAAAUGCUCUGGGCUGGGUUGGUUUGUUUAUGUAUGAUUCUACCCCAGAUUUACAUAAUGAACUGGCAACAAGUAAUAAGGACUACCAUCCUUAAAUGUAAAAUGAUUAAAGUGGUAAUUCCUGUAGCAUGCAUGAAUUUUUAAGCACAAAGGUCUGUAUAAAACUGAGUAUUCCUUACUUGUCAUUAUAUCUCUGGCUUCAGGUUUGUAGGAGUUUCCCUCUCAUGGAGACAAAAUCCAUUUCCUUCUCUAACCUACAAGUGGAACCCAAGCACAUCCUUGCUGUGCCUCCUGAGUGCAGUUUCUGCAGCAGCUCUUGCUCUGCAGGGACAGCAGGGAUGUGCUGGCACUGCCCUGGGACGUGUGGGUUUCACACUCAGUGUCCCUUGUGCUGCUGAAAUGGAGCCUGGUGAUCCCUCAGCCCUGCUGGGUCUGUGCCAGGGCUGCUGUGCCACUUCCAGCUCUAGGUUACAAAUGCCAUCACUGCACUGAGUGUUCCCAGCACACUGCACAGGCCCUAUGAAAAUGCUUCAAAGCAACAGCUCUUGAGGGCUGUCGAGCACCUCCAACCUCAGGGACUUGCACACAGUAGCUGUAAGAGGCUUUUUUUGUUUGUUUUUCCAUUCAAACUCCUUUGCAGACAUUUUUCUAUGGACCUGCCUACCCUGGCAGAAGAAGGGCUUUGGGUGAACAGGUCCAGGUGAGUCAGAGCAAAGUCCUUCCCCUCACUGAGCUGCAGGAGACUCCAGCUGGGAACAGCUGGGCUGUGCUGGACUGUCUUAAUGUGUUUGAAGUGCAAGUAAUUUGUUAGACACCUCUAAGACAGGAGGUAAAUGUAUCUUCAUCUUAUAGAUGGUGGAAAUACAACACGGAUCUGCUUCCACAAUCAGCUAAAAUUCAGGUUAUGCAUUAUUUUGCAUUAAAUUUAGAUCAAUUCUUCUUUGAAUUAGACAUCACCCAGAACAGUAUUGUACCUAAAAACUUUAAAAAUAAAUUGAUUUAUUUGUUGUAUUUACACAUUUGUCUUUAAGCUAAAAUUUGAACUUUUUUUGAAUGUUCUUUUGUCAUCAGCUCCAGUUUUAGCCCUUCACACUUUAUUUUGCUAUUUAACAAGUAUUUUAAUGAAAGUAAUUUCUUCCCUUAGUCCAGUCAGUAUCCGUGUUCAAAGUUCAGCUGCUAGGAAACAUUCAGCUCAGAAAUUCAUGACUUCCUACUUAUUUUAAAUCUUUCUUAAUCAAGUCUUGUAAUAAAUAAAGACUAAUACCACCAUGACAACACUGUUUUUUUUCAAAUUGUUCAUUUGCCAGUUUUAACAAGAUAAAGAAAUGAAUACUUAAUGUGGACAUUGUUUUACCAAAAAAAAAAAAAACCAAAAAAAAGAACCCAACCCCUGAAACAAACAGACAAAAAGGAGGACACAAAGGAACACACAUGGAAUGAUGAAAAGGAACAAUGAUAUUGCACAACUUCAGGUCUCUCUUCCCAGAUUUUGAUCCAUGUAAUUAGGUAUGUAUGAAUUCAGCAAAACGUUGUUUCCAGAUAAAUGUGUGGCCAUUUGAAUGAACCUAGAAUUGCAGAGUGUUUUCAGUUCCUUGUGACUGCUCCUUGGAGUUCUUCUCUAAGGGAGCAGGGUGCUGUCAGCUGCAGGAAUAACAAACAAACACUGACUCUCCAUUGUGCUGACCAGUUCUCCAUAACCCACAGAAUCACAAUUCUCCUCUACUGUAAAUGCACUAAGUCCUCAAAGGACCUGGGUCUUUAAACACAACUUGUUGGAUCAAGAACUCAAACUAUAGCUGAAACAUAAUCAAAAAACAUCCCCCAGUUUGCUGUGGUUAACUUGAGAUUGUUUCAUUUCAUGAGACCAGGGCUUCUCACUGUGUCAGGGUGGCACUGAAUGCAUAGAAGUCACAGUAGAUACAUUAAGGGAGUGGGGGAGAAGAAAAAAGGAAAAAAGCUAAGUGGCAAAAGGUCUUUACAGCUACAAUCUUUCCUGGAGCCUCUCUUAACAAGCACAUACUGUUUGCUACAGAAAUCAGGGAAUUGUGUCAUUCUGGCUAUAGCAGGACUGUUUGCCUCUCCACUGCUACCCUGACACUCUGUGUUUAUAUAAACUUUGCAUUUAUGUGCAGAACAAAGUCUGUUUUUCUCCUCUCUGCGUUCAUUCCUGUUUGGUGGACUGAUGUGUCAGCCAGCAGGGCUCAACAGAUACAUUUAAUACAGGAGACUGAGAUACAGUAUGUUUAUUCUUAACUUCUGAUAACCUAAGAACUACAAGAACGAGAGAUGCAGUAUCCAUUUGCUAUGAUCCAAGACAACCAUUUUUAGGGAGAAAAAAGUAGAAUAAGUGAUCAAUGCUAACACUACAUUAGUUCCAAAUAUAAUUUUUUUUUUCAGUUAUGGCAGCUUAACUAUUUAUUGUUCAUCUGGCCCACUUUUAAUCUGAUCAAGUUAAAGGUCACAUAUUAAAGUUUAAGGACUGUUAUUUCACCAAAACUGAAGGAAGUUAUAAAAAAACCAUGAAACCACAGUUUCACUGCAGGACUUGUGUCAUAUCUUCAUAAUCUGCAUCACUUGUAGAAAAGGGAUAAUGCAUCUCAGUUUGCUUACAAGCUAGGAGAUCACUUUUGAAGUCUGCAUAUUCCUAACUGCAAACAAAAUAUAGCACUUUUAACAGGUUAUAAAUAAACUGGUUUUCAAGCAUAGAGCCAGCCCAACAAUAACAAUACACUAUUAAAAAGACCUAAGGCAAUGAAUUCCAUCUCCAAUAAAAAAAAAAAAAAAAGAAAAAGAAAAA